AUGAGUAAAUAUAAAAUUCUAAUUGAGGAACAGGAGGAAAAUGAGGCAACGGUUAAAAAAAAUUCGGAUUCCUCAAAACCACUAGAACCAGAACGACUAUCAACCAUUUUUUCAGCAGGAAUACCACCAAUUAUGACUUAUUGUGCUUCUAGUAUUCUUAUGACAGUAACAAAUAAAUAUGUAUUGUCAGGAUAUGAUUUCAACAUGAAUUUUCUCUUGUUAUGUGUUCAGUCAAUUGUUUGUGUACUACUUUUAAAAAUAUUCAAAUUAUUUAAUUUGGUUUCUUAUAAAGGAAUUGAUCUUGAACUAUCAAAAACUUGGUCACCUGUUGCAUUUUUACUUGUUGCUAUGAUUUAUACAGGAAGCAAAAGUUUACAAUUUCUUGCAAUUCCUAUAUAUACCAUAUUCAAGAAUUUAACGAUCAUUUUUAUUGCCUACGGUGAAGUAUUAUGGUUUGGGGGCUCAGUGACAAGAUUAAUGAUGACAAGUUUUCUAUUGAUGGUAUUUUCUUCAAUAAUAGCAGCUUCAUCCGAUUCAGUCAAUACAGUAAAAUUAAAUACAUUUUCUUCAAUUGAUUUUGGUUAUAUAUGGAUGGCUUUAAAUUGUAUUUCUUCGGCUGCAUUUAUUUUAUUUAUGAGGAAAAGAAUUAAAUCAACCAAUUUUAAGGAUUAUGACACUGUAUAUUAUAACAACACAUUAUCAAUUCCAUUAUUGGUUUUCAUGAGUUUAAUUAUAGAAGAUUGGUCUUACACUAAUUUAGAAAAAAAUUUAGUUACCUCAAGUACCACUUACAGUAUGGUUGGUGCAUUAAACAAAUUACCAAUGGCUGCAAGUGGAAUGAUUUUUUUUGGUGAUCCUACAACCUUUGGAAGUGUAUCUGCCGUUCUUGUUGGAUUUUUUUCUGGAGUUUUGUAUUCAAUAGCAAAAAAAGAACAACAAAGAGUUGUUAUUGUUGACACUAAAAUCAUUAAUGAUAAUACAAUAACUAAAUCUCAUCAAAAUACAAAUGAUCCAAUAAUAGAUGAAAAAUAUAUUGAUCACACAGAAAAUUCAACAGCUAUAACAAUAGAAGAUGACAAAAGCAAUGAAAUCAAUUAG